AUGGCUGAGAAAGAGGCGACGGUUUAUCUCAUAGAUGUGUCACGGUCUAUGAGCAAAAAGCACUCUGGUCGAAGCCAAACCGACCUUGAUUGGGCUCUCCAAUAUGUCUGGGAUAAGAUCACGAAUGCCGUCUUCACCGGGCGAAAGACUCUCAUGAUCGGUGUUAUUGGUCUGGGAACUGAUGGCACAAACAACGACAUGGCGAGUCAGGACGACUCAUACAAGCACAUCAGUGUCCUACAGCCAAUAUCACAGAUCCUGAUGCCCGAACUACGAACGCUUCCAAAGCUCCUCAAGCCCAGCAAGACGGACGAUCGUGAUGUCCUCUCUGGUAUUAUUAUUGCAGUCGAUAUGAUGAUGAAACACUGUAAACAUCUGAAGUACAAGAAAAGAAUUGUUGUCAUCACAAAUGCUACUGGACAUAUCGACGCUGAUGAUGUUGAGAGUACGGCAGAGCAAUUUAAGAACCACGACAUCGAAUUGGUACUGCUCGGCAUUGAUUUUGACGACCCUGAAUAUGGCACAAAGGAAGAGGAUAAAUCUGCGACCAAGGCAGAGAACGAACGAACUUUACAGAAGCUGGUUGAUCUCUCAGGCGGGAUGUUUGGAACUAUGCAAGAAGCUAUUGAUCAGCUCUCUCGGCCAGAUAUCAAGCCUAUCCGCGCAACCCCCACCUAUAGAGGGCAGCUAAGAUUGGGCGAUCCAGAGCAUUAUGACACGGCCUUGUCGAUCGACGUCGAGAGAUACUUCAAGGUCCAAACCAGACGGCCUCCGACAGCGAGCUCAUUUGCAGUACGAGAAAACGUGGCGGACGAUGAUCAAGGGCUUCAGUCCGUACAUAGCAUAUACAAGUACGCCGCAAAACUCGAAAACGGGGAAACAAAAGAACUCAGUCGUGAAGAGUUGGCGAAAGGAUACGAAUAUGGUCGCACUGCGGUCGCAAUCAUGGAGUCCGAGCAGAAUAUUACGAAACUCGAGACAUCAAUGGGAUACGAUAUCUUGGGCUUCAUCCCGAUGGAACACGUUGAACGAUAUAUGCUUCUGGACAAUUCCAACGUGAUAGUUGCACAGAGAGGGAACGACAAGGCAGCUCUUGCUCUUUCGUCUCUAGUCCAUGCACUUUUUGAAUUAGGCUCUGUGGCUGUCGGCAGGCUUGUAAAAAAGGACAUGCAGGAUCCCAUUUUAACGCUCCUAUCGCCAUUGGUCGACGCCGAUCUUGAAUGCUUAGUCGAGAAUGUUCUCCCGUUCGCAGAAGAUGUUCGAUCGUAUCGAUUUCCGCCCUUGGACAAAGUACUCACAGUAUCAGGCAAAGAAUUGACCGAGCACCGCAACCUGCCGAACCAAAAAUUGAUGAUGAGUAUGAGUGACUUUGUCGACAACAUGACCCUGAUGAACGAGGACGAAGAGAUGAUGGCAAUGGAAGACACGUUCUCGCCUGUUCUGCAUAGGGUAGAAGGGGCAAUCAAGUUUCGAGCCAUCCAUGGGUCCGACAAGUUCCCAGAGGAGCCCGAGAUGUUCAAAACUUACCGCCAACAACCAGAAGAGCUUCAGGAACGGAGCAAAAAGGCUCUAUCGAAACUGAUCGAAGCCGCCGACGUUAAAAAGGUGCAACAACGAGCCAAAGGCCGACGACGAUAUCGUGAUGCCGAGAAGCCAAUCUCUGGAUUGGACGUAAGCGAGCUUUUGCGCAAGGAGAAACGAGACCACAUUUCCCCGGACAAUGCGAUCCCCGAGUUCACCCAAAUGAUAGAGACAGCGGACGAUGAGGGUUACAUCGCCACCAUCGUGCAGCAGAUGGCCACGAUCUUGACGGACUGGAUCCGCACCAGCUACGGCGAGAGGAACUAUGGGAAAGUGGCUGAAGGUCUCGGCACCGUUCGCCAAUGGAUGCAAGAACUUGAAAUGCCGGACUUGUACAACAAUAUGAUCCAAGACUUGAAGGAGAAGAUCCUCUCAAAACAGCUGGGCGGAGAUCGGGCGUUGAUGUGGUUUCAAGUCCGUAAAAACAAGCUCGGGCUGAUCAGCACCGACGACUGCAGUUCCUCCCAGAUCACGGUGGAAGCAGCCCGUUCUUUUCUGGAUCCAAAAUCUGGAACAUGA